GCACUACAACUCCCAGAGGCGCCCGCGGCCCCGCGCCUGGGCCCUGGCUGCCGGGACGCGGCGAUGGCGGCUGCGGCGGUGGCGGCCCCUGAGGUCCUUCGGGAAUGCGGCUGCAAGGGUAUCCGGACCUGUCUGAUCUGCGAGCGGCGGCGCGGAGGUGACCCGCCCUGGCAGCACCCCCCGCAGAAAACACACCGGUUCAUUUACUACGCCGACACUGGCUGGGCUGUGGGGGCCGAGGAGUCUGACUUUGAAGGCUGGGCCUUCCCCUUCCCAGGCGUGACGCUGAUCGAGGACUUUGUGACCCCGGCAGAAGAAGCUGAGAUGGUACGGCUGAUGGACUGUGACCCCUGGAAGCUCUCACAGUCUGGGCGGAGGAAGCAGGACUACGGCCCCAAAGUCAACUUUCGGAAACAGAAGCUAAAGACCGCUGGCUUCCGGGGCCUCCCCAGCUUCAGCCGGGAGGUGGUGCGGAGAAUGGGCCUCUACCCGGUCCUGGAGGACUUCCAGCCCGUGGAGCAGUGUAACCUGGACUACUGCCCGGAGCGGGGCUCGGCCAUCGACCCGCACCUGGACGACACCUGGCUGUGGGGGGAGCGGCUGGUGAGCCUCAACCUGCUGUCCCCCACCGUGCUGUCCAUGACCCGGGAGGCGCCCGGCAGCCUGCUGCUGUGCCUGGCCCCGUCCGGCUUCCCGCAGGCCCCGGCGGAAGGCGCGACGGCCCCCGGCAGGUCUGUCCCGUGCCGGGCGGUGGAGGUGGCUGUCCCCUUGCCCCGCCGCGCUCUGCUGGUGCUCGCGCGAGCCGCCCGGCGCCAGUGGAAGCACGCCAUCCACCGCGGGCACAUCGGGGCCCGCCGCGUGAGCGCCACCUUCAGGGAGCUCUCAGCCGAGUUUGGCCCCAGCGGGAGGCAGCGGGAACUGGGGCAGGAGCUCCUGCAAACCUCGCUCUCCUUUCAGGGGAGACCCACGUGAGCCACCUCCCCGGGGACGGGAGCUGGCGCUGGGCCUGGUCGGGGGUCCUGGCUCCAGAGUGGACCAUUAGCCGGCAUUGAAGGGGGCGCCCAGCCCGAGGGUCUUUCUCAGGUCUUCAGAGGAGACCGCUUGACACCCUGGUGCCCGGCAGCACGAGCCCUGUCCGCGAGCUGGCUCGACAGGAACGGGCCUCAAGUCGGUCCCCUUUGACCUGCGCCGCGGCCACUUGCCUGGGUUGUUUAAUUUGUCACAGCUUGAGGGCAGUGGCAUACUUUGAGCUUAAAAAUCGUUGGUACCACUUCGGGUCAUUUUCUCCUUUA